CUCCCGUGGAAUCAACCCCCUCUCCUCCCAAAAAAGAGAAAUCGUCCUCUCCUCUCGCGAACCCUAGGCGACAGCGACGGCGGCGAAGGUGCCGGCCGCGGGGACGGAGGGCACGGCAUCAACAGGACCAAAGAAGCGUCAGACUUCCGCGAGCGAUCUCCCUUCGUCCUCCACGAAUCUACCAGUGAAAUCAUUAUGAUGACUGCUCGAGGAUCACCAAGGUUGAACCUGAUGAAAGAAGUUGCUGAAAGGCAUAGAGCGUCACCCCCUACUGGGAGUGUGGAAAAGAGGAGGAGAGGGUCUCCAAAAGAAGAUAGAGCACAAUGGAAUGCAAGCCUUGAGAAAGAUCUCGUGGACUUGCUUCGUGAGCAUGCUACACCUGAACACAAGGGUCAAAAUGGAUGGAGCUCUGAAGCAUGGAAUGAGAUAGUGAAGAAAUUCCACCAGAAGAAUCCAUAUGCUAGGUACGAGAAGAAGAAGAUCCAAGAGAAGGAGAAAGAGUUGAAAAGAGAUUAUAGGAUGAUUAAAGAGAUAAGGAAGCAAAGUGGUGUUUCAUGGGAUGACCAUCAGUGCAAGAUUCUAGCAGAUCCACCACUUUGGAAAAACAUUGUCAUAUCACACCCUAAAGCUGGAAAGUUCAAGACAAAAGGUUUCCCUCUUUUUGACGCUUUGGGAGAAUUGCAUGAUGGCCAAAUUGCUGAAGGGACAUACAACUUCACAUCUAUCGAGUCAUCAUAGUACUCAACCCAAGCACAACUCGAGAAUCUGGGAGGAGCUGGUGAGUAUCUUCGCGAGAAUCAGGGAGAAACAUCAUACCAUGGUGACAAUAUUGGAGGAGAACCAUCAGCCAAUGGUGAGAAUCUUGGAGGAGAAAGGGUGCAGAUUGAUGAAGAUGUUGAGGAGGUGUUCGUGCAAGAAAAUAUUGCCGUGGAGCCCCAUCAAACGCAACCAAGUUUGGCUACAACACCCUUAAGAAAUGGACAAGAAAAAGAACCAAAGAGGCGGAGGGGGGCGAAUAGCGAUGUGGCUGCAAUGAUGGAGAAGUACUUGGAAAUAAGGACGAAGCAAGUGGAAGAUGAGAGGAACAAGCCAAGGGUUGUGGACGAGUACUCUAUCAAAAAUUGCAUCAAUCUGCUGAAAACAAUGGAUAUCACACCCGAGGAAGAAGUCAAGGCUUUCCGAGUGUUCAAGAUCCCCGAGAACCGAGAGAUUUUCAUGAGUGCCAGACCAGAGACUGCUCUUAUGUGGCUGAGAACAGAAAUGGAAUAACUCAGGUACUCACAUGAAGCUCCCUUGUUUUUUUUGAUUGAUUGCUGCUGUUACAUGCAAAACCUAGCCUAGCCACCUCUAUGCGUGACAUGGAAUCCAUUCAACUUAUGCAAUUAUAUAUUGGUUAUUAAAUUACAUGUUAGCGCAGGCUGCUAACUUAAGUUCAUCUUAUGAAUGCGUACCAGCAUCGGGUUUAUCUUAUUAUUAAUGUUUCUGGUGGUCAUCAGGUAACUGUAAUUACUUGAUAGCGUUAAAUCAUGCUUAUACUUACUGUCGAUAUGCAAUAUAUCUUACUGCAGCAUUGGAGUAUAUGUUAUUGAAUGCUACUAGAAUUCAGAUGUACAUUCAGCAUGCCUUGGUAUCCACACAACUUCGAUUGUAUAUUGUAGCUACAUGACUAGAAAGUUGUUGGAUAAGAUGUGUGGACCAAGUGGUACCAGCAAUGUUUAUCAGCCUUGAUGUUUUUUAGGAUAAUAAUUGGCUAACAGAUGGUAGCGUAUCUGGUUACUAGAUGCCUCCCCUGCAAAUGUUUGAAAGUUGCAGCAAUCUUUGUAAAGCAGCGCUAGCAAGUUAGACAUAAUGGCGAUAACUGGUUCUUGCCAAUAACCAGAAAUAUCAGUUUGGCCUUAUUUGGGAAGGUGUGAUAAGUCCAGAUAUUUCUUCUUAGGGCUGCAGCAUGAAUUCCUCCAGAGUUAUGAAUAAGCUCCAACAGCUUUGUUUUUGAUUUGAUGUUUAAUUUUUUGCUAAGAAGGACAGUGUUUCAUAA